AAAGACUCAACACUCAACAGAAGCGCAUAUAGUGGUUUGCUCAACUCUGUAACAAUUAACUGCAUAUAUAUCAAUUAUCACUGUACUUUAGACGACAUGGCUACCGCCUCUGGAUCGCCUUCCUGCCGCAAACAUCGCACGGCGUCAUCCUCGUUUUCACUUGCUGCUAUCCUCCUCCUCAUCAGCAUCAUGUACUGCUGCCCCGCGGGCUUCGUGGUGGCAGCUCGCGAGCGGUCGGCGGCUGCCGGCGGCGACAGCGUGAUGAAGGAGAGGUUCGAGAAGUGGGCGGCAGAGCAUGGGCGCACGUACGAGGACUCCCUGGAGAAGGCGCGGCGGUUCGAGGUAUUCAAGUCCAACGCCCAGUUCGUCGAUUCGUUUAACGCUGCAGGGGGCAAGAAGAGCCCGCGGCUGACGACCAACAAGUUCGCCGACCUGACGAACGAGGAGUUUGCUUACGCCUAUGGAUAUGCGCCGGUUUCGACUAAUUACCCAACCAUGAGAAAUGGCACUGGUUUCAUGUACGGGAACGUGAGCCUUUCGGACGUGCCUUCCAGCAUAAACUGGAUCGACAAAGGCGCUGUCACCAACGUGAAGGACCAAGGGAAAGAUUGUGCGAGUUGCUGGGCGUUCUCCGCGGCGGCAGCCGUAGAAGGCAUACACGAAAUCAGGACUCACAACCUAGUUUCCGUCUCGGCGCAGCAGCUGAUGGAUUGCUCCACCGGAGCGAACAACCAUGGCUGCAACCGCGGCGACAUGGACGAGGCGUUCCGCUACAUCACCGGCAACGGAGGCAUCGCCAGCGAGGCGGACUAUGCCUACGAGAAGCAGCAGGGAACCUGCCGCGCCUCCGGGAAGCAGGCGGCCGCCUCCAUCCGAGGCUUCGAGUACGUCCCUCCGAACAACGAGACCGCGCUGCUGCUGGCCGUCGCCCACCAGCCCGUGUCCGUGUCGCUCGACGGCGGCGGCUCGGUGUUCCAGCUCUUCCACGCCGGAGUGUUCGGCGCGGGGCGGGCGGAGACGUGCACCACCGACCUCAACCAUGCCGUGACAGCGGUCGGGUACGGCACCGACGAGCACGGCACCAAGUAUUGGCUGAUGAAGAACUCGUGGGGAAGCGACUGGGCCGAGGGAGGUUAUAUCAAGAUCGUCCGGGAUGACGCCGCGUCCACCACAGGCCGUUGCGGGCUCGCCAUGCAGGCCUCUUACCCCGUUGCCUGAUAGGCUGAUUCCCCUUAGCUGAAAUGAAUUAAAAUGUUUCUGUAUGUGUUUAAAAUUAAAAGUAUAUGCCUUUAUUUCCUUUAUCCGACACCCACAUUAAUUUUAUAUAUAC